CGAUCCCAGGAGCCGGAUCCCAUUUUCCUGCAAGAUCUGGACCUCUGGCCCUUUAAGUCCGCAUGGGGCCGCUCUUCUGAAUUGUGUAAUUAUGGAGCUGAGUUUGCCUUGGAGCAGGGCCAAGGGCUGCAGCUGGAGGAGAAGCCACUUAACUUCAGGCUGCUGUUGCUUUAGACUCUCCCUCCCGCUCAACUGGGGGAUCAGUGGCUGUUUGCUGUAACCCAGCUCGGCUCUGCACUUGGAAAGAGGAUAUAGCUUCAGGGAAAGCAAGAGUACAGCUGGGAGGAGGAGAGAGCAACAGAGGCAUUGAGGGGACAGGAGAGCGGAUUAGAACCCCAUCCAUGGAAGAGCCAGGGCUGUUGGUUCCCUCCGCGUUGCUGGUGCCUCUUCCAUUGCCGGUCUGAGAGAAGCCUCUUUGGACCAAGAUCGGCCACCUGUUCUCUAAAUUUUGGGCAGCUAGAAGACCUGCAUGAAACCUGGUGUAGGAUUGGCAUCUUAAACAGGUACCAUCAUCCUGCCAGCCUCUUCCUCCGCCUGAACUGAGGCGGAAUACAGCCCCAGUCCGGCGUAUCGAACAUUUGGGUUCCACCAAGUCCCUCAGCACUGCAAAGCAACGGAACACACUGCCCAGGAGUUUCAGCCUGGAUCACGUGAUGGAACGCAAGUAUGACUUUGACCUCACCUACAUCACUGAGCGCAUCAUCUCUGUCUUCUUCCCCCCUGCCUUGGAGGAGCAGCGUUACCGUGGAAACCUCCGAGAGGUGGCUCAGAUGCUGAAGUCUAAGCAUGAGGACAAGUACAUGCUCUGCAACCUAUCAGAGAAACGACAUGACAUCAUCAAACUAAACCCCAAGGUGCAAGACUUUGGCUGGCCAGACCUGCAUGCACCACCACUGGACAAAAUCUGUUCCAUCUGCAAAGCUAUGGAGACCUGGCUGAACUCAGACCCGCAGCAUGUGGUUGUGCUUCAUUGCAAGGGCAACAAGGGCAAGACGGGUGUGAUUGUAGCAGCCUAUAUGUACUACAGCAAAAUCUCUGCAAGUGCAGACCAGGCCCUCAGCACACUGACCAUGCGCAAGUUCUGUGAGGACAAGGUGGCUGCCUCCCUGCAACCUUCUCAGAAGAGGUAUAUCCAUUAUUUCAGUGGGCUACUCUCUGGCACAAUCAAGAUGAACAGCAAUAUGCUCUUUCUGCAUCAUGUCCUGCUCCCGACUAUCCCCACCUUUGAGGCUGGAGGUGGCUACCAACCUUUCCUGAAGAUCUACCAGUCCAUGCAGCUAGUCUACACCUCUGGGAUCUACAGCAUCCAAGGUGCCGGUGGGACUCAGAAACUCUGCAUCACCCUGGAACCAGCCUUGCUCCUAAAAGGGGAUGUCAUGGUGAAAUGCUACCACAAACAGCUCCAGGGAGCCGAGCGCGACAUUGUCUUCCGUGUCCAGUUCCACACUUGCACCAUCCACAGCACUCAACUCUGGUUUAGCAAAGAUGAGCUGGAUGAAGCCUGGAGAGAUGAACGAUUUCCCUUCGAAGCAAGUGUGGAGUUUGUCUUCUCUUCUGGCCCAGAGAAAAUUAAAGGCUGGGAGACCUACAGGAACAAUCCUGCUGUUACAGUGGAUUAUAACAUUUCUGAUCCUAUCGUGCGCUGGGAUUCCUAUGAGAACUUCAACCUGCACCAUGAGGACAGCCUGGAAGACAUCUCACAUACCCGAGGCCCACUGGAUGGAAGCCUCUAUGCCAGGAUCAAGAAGAAAGGUGACCUGGGAAGCUUUUCCUGCACCAACGGCAGCCCCGGCAGCCCAGAAUCUCCUCCACAGCAGGGGGGACGCCUCCUCUCCAUCAGCAGUGACUCAGGCCACUCCUCCAUGUUGACUGAGAAAGCAGAUGAUAACACACCACCAUCUAGACCACAGCCCACACCUGCCGAAAAGGAAGAACUGGACAGGCUCUUGGGUGGAUUUGGUGUGCAGCCACCACCUCGGCAGCAAAGUGAGGGGAAUUGUCAUCGUGCUGUUUCCCCCACCACCACUGCCACCAAGGAGAGAGAAACUGCCAUUUUGGAAGAUGACCUUUCCGACAUAGGUCAGCCAGGAACCCUCUUUGCCUACCAAACUCAGCGCUCGGGCCUGGCCCGUCACUGUUCCUGUCGCCUUGGUUACCGCUCCCACAGUCCGGAGAGGCCUCACAAUGUGGCCUUUUAUAGGCCAGAUGGCACUUUGGAGAGGCGACACCCAGUCUACAAUGGUGGGCACUCCCACACACACCCUGACGGCUAUGAGGAGAAGCGGCGGGUGUACCGCUCCCUUUCGGAGGGCCUACAGCCCCACUCCUAUCCCUUCAGCCACGAGCCGCUGCCCUCUCAUAGUCCCAGCCAACGGGACCACGAGGAGCUACUCAUCUUGGAGGACCCGCCCACUUUCUUGUGCCCCUGCCAGGAUUGCCAAGAGGCAGCUCGUGAAGAGGCAAGACUUCCCACGGCUUCCUUCUACAGCCUCCGUCUAGACAGGGAAUCUGAUCUGUGGGGGAUGGAGCACACGCGGCCAUCUCUGCUUCCUCACCCCCUCCAUCGGGGUGGGCAGCCCGUGCCUCUCCUUAUGCCAGCUUCCUAUGGGCAUCAUCACGUGCCCCAUGGGCAACAUCAGGCUUUUAACUUUGAGCCCAAGAUGGUGGCAGCACACCUAGGCCACGGUUAUCUGGCCCACCAAAGACCAAAGGUAAUGGAAGAGAAUGCGGAGGCAUAUCCCUACCCUCGCUAUGGCCCAGCCUACCCUCCGGUAGCACCGUACCCCUAUGGCAGAGCCCCAGCCAAGUCUUGCAUUUCCCCUUAUACAUCAGGAUACUCAGGGUCUCCCCAUUCAGGCUCAGUUUCACCAACCAGCCCGCCAUAUCCACCCAGCAGGAAGCAUGGGUAUGAACUCCCAGAGAGCAGCGACGGAUACCUACUACCAGAAAGGCCAUGCGAGCUUCCAGAUUGCAGGGAAGCUGUGUCCUGGCAAGAUGGCCCCAACUCCCUGCAGCAGCAUCGGCAAGAGGUACGAGCUGCUUGUGCCGAGGUGUCUGGCCCGCCUAUGCACACCAGCAGCCCAGUAUUCAGCAAUGACAGUCCUGGGACACAUAAGCCCAUCAACAAAGCCACCAACCCUCCUGAAAACACGCUCCAGUCAAGCCCCGAGGAGCUGGCUCCCCCUGGCUGGAAAAGAAACGCUGAGAAGAUGGCUUCGUCAAGCAGCCCGACACAGACUCCAUCCCCGAUGCAGGCCUUUACUCACCUCCCCACCUCCAGGCCGCAAAUGAAUGGGACGCCCUUGAGGCAAGGCCUCCAACCACCCCAGCUGUGCUCCCGCACCCACUGCCCAUCCAGCCCACUGCACGCCGUCCCCUCACCUACAGCCAAGCGUGGCGUCCUGCCAGAGGCCCAGCUGCACCAGAAUGGUUCAGAGACGUCUAGCCCUCAUGCCACAGCAGUCUCCCGGGAGGUGUCCGUUGAAAAUGCCUUAGGGCACCACCUAGGCCCUGUCAUGGAGCGGCAGGCCCAGGGAAACAGGUCAGGCAUCCCUGGCCACAACCAGCCCCCUCCCAGCUGCAGAACUGUGUCCAGUGCGCCAGCCUCGCCUCAGAUCCCAGCGGCCUAUAAUGGGCGCCCACAUGGUGAGAGAACUGGGCCUGAGCUGACCACUCUUCUGCGUUGCCCCAACAGCAGCCCCUCUCUCGGGCCUUGCUCAGUCAGCGUCCAGCCCCCAGCCCUUGGCUAUGGUUUUGCUGACAUGCAGUGCUCGCCAACCCCAGCCUUCCCCAUUGCAACGGCCUACUACACAGGUGUCGAGAGCAGCCCCGGCAGCCGGGACUACCUCUGUGAGCCACAGCAGCCUCCGUUACCUGAGAAGCAUCACAUGGCAGCAACUAGAAAUUGGGAGAGGAGCUCACCACCUGGUCGCAGUCCUGGUUCCGCUCACCAUGUCACAUUUGCACCUGGAGUACCUGAUGGCAGCACACCUGGCCCAGAUCCACAGCAAGAAAGCCAGGUUAGCGUCAAGUUUGUCCAAGACACAUCAAAAUUCUGGUACAAGCCUCAUUUGUCCCGGGACCAAGCCAUUGCCCUUCUGAAGGACAAGGAACCAGGCACUUUCCUUAUCCGGGACAGCAACUCCUUCCAGGGGGCCUAUGGCCUGGCUCUGAAAGUGGCGACGCCUCCACCUAACAGCAUCAACCAUUCUACCAAAGGAGACCCUGCAGAGCAGCUGGUGCGCCACUUCCUAAUUGAAACAGGGCCCAAGGGAGUGAAGAUCAAAGGCUGUAACAAUGAGCCCCAUUUUGGCAGUUUGCCAGCCUUGGUGUCCCAGCAUUCCAUCACCCCCAUCUCACUGCCUUGCCGCCUUCGCAUCCCAAGCAAAGAUCUCAUAGAGGAGAACCCAGAAUUGGUCGUUCCCACCAAUAUGAGCACAGCUGCUGACUUGCUGAAGCAGGGAGCAGCUUGCAGUGUGCUCUACCUGAGCUCAGUGGAAACGGAGUCCCUGACAGGCCCGCAGGCUGUGGCCAAGGCGGCCACCACCACCCUGAGCGCCACUCCUCGUGCUUCUGUCUGCAUCGUGCACUUCAAGGUGUCGGCCCAGGGCAUCACGCUCACAGACAACCAGAGAAAGCUGUUUUUCCGACGUCAUUAUCCUGUCAGUAGUGUCACCUUCUGCAGCACGGAUCCUCAGGACCGCAGGUGGGCCAACCCAGAUGGCACCACGUCCAAGAUCUUUGGUUUUGUGGCCAAGAAGCAGGGCAGCCCAUGUGAGAACGUCUGCCACCUCUUUGCAGAGCUAGAUCCGGAGCAGCCGGCAUCCGCCAUUGUCAACUUCAUCACCAAGGUGAUGCUGGGGACCCACCGGAGAUGAAGGAAGCUGGGGAACCGGAUUAGGUCUCUUGUCUGGCAUCCCCUCCUCGCCAGCUUGACUCUGUUCCACAACACAAGAGAUCCAGAAGCCUUUGCUAUGUGAAGGAAGCUCGGUUGGACAGGCUGGCAGGCCUAGGAGGAGCCACCUCUAGACGUUUUAUUUCUCUUAUCCCCUCCCUCCCUCUCACCCAGAAGGCAGCAAAGAGUUGUGGGGGGAAGGGUGCUGAGACCGCACUCACUUCAUCCCACCUUAGGAGCGAAAGGUGCGUACUUCUGUUGCUUUCUUGCUAGUGGAGAAAGCACCACGGAAUGAGAAAGCAGAGAGCUACCCAUCUCUAUAGAUUGCUAGUCUUUUCCAUAAGGAUAGCCACGGAUUCGUGGCUUGGCAGGAGCUAAUGGCAGGAGGAAGCCAUGAAUACGGAGCAGUCUGCAUCUGCUAGGGGACAACAUAUGUAGCUGUAGUCAUAAAUUUUCAUUACACCAAAGCUUGUCUCCCAGUAGUUAAGCAGUUGCUCAAGAUGCGAAGAGUAAUCCAGGGGAGAAGCUCUCUGCCCUUAUGCAGUAGCUCAAAGGCUGGUCUUGGGUGCCCUGGAAUUCCAAGUUCUAAAAAUGUCCUUCCUUCCUUCCUCCCCACUCCUAUCCCAGUUUGUCGAGCCUGGCAGUCGCUCUCACCCAACUUUGAUGCUAGGUUGCCCUCAGUCCCUCUGCCACUCAGCCAGCCACAGAGUGCAAAGACUUCAGGCCGCCAUAAGCAGCUGUGUACCUUUUCAGCCAGAGCCACCCUUUGCAAAACUCUGUCCUGGUGCAGGACUGGUGUAGUCCGUUAACCCAGAGAAACCAUCCUUGAACUCAUGCGAACUCCUGAUUUCUCUGCAUCAUGUGGAAAGGUUGAAAGAACUGGUUAUGUUUCACCUGGAGAAGACUUGAGUUGGGUAGGGGACAUGAGAACACUCUUCUGGAGGGCUGUCACACAGAAAAGAGCCAAGUCUUUUGUUCCUUGCUGCCUUGGAGGGCAGGACCAGAUCCAAUGGCCUUCAGUUAGAGGAGGGUAAAUUUCACUCGGCUUUUAGAAGCGUGUUUUUGGGGUUUUUUUAAGAACAUGAAGAGCAGUUUAGCAAUCAAACCUGUUCCCACAGAGGGCACCUUGCUGAAGGUGUUCAGAGGCUAGACAGCCUUCUGUUGGGGAUGCUCUAACUCGGUAUUUCUUGUACUGAGCAGGGAGUUGGGUAGAUACUUGCUCCCCACCACCCCAAAUCUUAAGAGUCUAGGAGCAAGAUCACACAAACCAGAGGCUGAAGUGAGUAGAAGACCAGGCUAGAUGAGGGACUUCUGACAUGCACCUCUCUCCUAUCCUAGGUUAAGCCGUUAUUUUGAGUGGGUGGAAUUCAGCACAGUGGAGGAACAUCAAGCUUGUGAAUAGUCCCAAGUUCCUUGAUGGGGAAUAUCAGCAUUCUUAGGCCAUGGCAGGGGAAAACUAGAGGCCUGUGGUUAAUGUGGCAUUUGCAUUACAAACCCACUUGGACCAAGAGGCACGUUUAAGCUUCAUGUAUGAGGACACUCCAGUAGUGUGAGUGAGGCCCAGUCCCCUAGGCCUCUGGUGUGCUGAGCAGAAAGAUCAAGCCUGAAUACCUGCGCACAACCAUUAAUGUGUGCCCAUCCCCUGUCUGCAGUUACUGUAGCAGGCCUCUUGGCCACCUUUCCCUCAGUUCUAUGAAGGAGCAGCAUUUUUGACAUUAGGCAACUGUAUGUGAUAAAGAGUGGUAAAGAGUGGAGCCUAGAGAGCCACCCGUCUCUCAUGAGUGAAGGGCACUUGGUUCUCAACUCAGCAAGGCCUCGUAGGUGGAGGUAGCAGAGCAUGCCUGAAAGAAUUCGAAGAGGCUGAAGAGAAGGGGCCUGGAGCUGCUUGGAAAGCUCUGGCAGAGCUGUUGCUUCAGUAUAGUUCACACGUUCUUCAGGACUGUGUGCAGACACUGGUUGCCACUGCAGAGGAUGCUUCUGAUUUUGAGAAGAUGUCAUUGCUCUCUUCGUGGCUAAGAGGCAGCUAGAAAAAAGGAUAGAGCAGGGCCUAUUCUAGUAAUGUUUUGAUGAGCAAACGUUUCAGGCAUAAAAGCAUGUGUCGUUUUGUAAAAGGUAUGUGUCCUGCUCCUGCAUCACCUUUAUUUAAUUCCUCUUUCAUGAGAGCUAUUUUUGCUUGCCUUGCUAAACAAGCACAACUUUGCAUCUUUCCUCCAUGGCGAGCUGUGUCAUGUUGGAAGUUUGUGCCUCUCCCUAGAAAGCUGCCCCUCUGACAUGAGAGCCAGAACCAGGCAUGGGGAACAAGUGCAAACCUGCUGUGCUUCUUGCCCCCUUUUAGCUUUCUCACAUCCAAAAUGGUUUAGAGGAACAAAUGUGGGUGAAAGGCUUUCCUAAAAUAACACUUCCAAGUGUGAAGAUUGCCUUAAUGCUGCAUUUGGGAGAGGACUCCUCUCCAAUUAGCAUUCUAAUAGAAGGAAAAUUUUAGCUCGUGUACCUUCUUCCCCCAUUGGAAGACUGUGCAGCAAAAAGCUGUAUCGGCGGGGGAGUGGGGGAGACACACCCCUUCAGUGUCCAGGCUUCCUUGAUAGGCAUUUACACACACAAGGUGCUGUACAGCUCUUGAAAAGCACUUUGCACAGUCCUGCAGAAACAGCAUCUGCUGGGCUUUUUGCCCUGAACUGAUAGGUCUUGUCACACACAAAAAAGAAAAGAAAAGAGCAUUGCAAAUGAGCCGUGGUAAUCUUUGCAGCAUCAUAGUCUCUAGUCCAACACUACCUUUGGACAUCAGCUUUUCUCAGCUUCCAUUACCAUCUGCCAAAACUCCCCGUGCAAUACAACUACUGGAAAGAAUAGUAGGUCUGUUCUCCUUUGCAUCUGGUCCUCACAGGGAAAAACAGACAUUCGUGCAAGGAUUAGUGUGAUUCCAUGGCAGGUCACAGAGACAUGGCAAAUGCAGGAAUCUUGACCAGCCAGAGGCCUUGCACUGGUUUGAACUGUUAAAAAAAAAAAGGGGGGGGGGAGAACGCAAGCACUGUCUGCAGCUUUCUAGAUGUUUUCCUUCCCUUCAAGGAGAACUAGAUUCCUGACUUCGAAAAAGCAAGCAAGUGGAAAAUGGUAUGGAUGCCAUAAAUAUUACCAGUUUGGACAGCCGCUGCCAUUGCAGUUCCCAGAUUCCUCUUUCAGUGUAAUCCGUCAAGCACUGCUACUGCACACAUUUUCCACUGGUGAGCUAACCAAAAAACAAAUACACUGUUCCCCCAUAUUGUGCUUGGUGGAGUGUGAAUCUCCCCUGCCUUUUUAGGCACCUCCAACAAUGAAGCAGGCUGAGGGAAGCCAUUUAGAUCAUUAGGGAGGGAGGAGAGGGCAGGCAUGGUGUGCUGGCAGCAAAGAUCUUUGUGGGGGGAAAGGGGAGGGUUGGGUUUAGUACAGAGUUCUAUUUUUGUCUAAUAAAGAAUUUAUAUGUUAGCCAGAGAUGUCUUGAUAAUAUAUAUCUAUAUGGGGGCGGGGGGGGGGAGCAGCAGCACUAAGCUUGGUUAUUUUUUAUAUCUGUAUUGUUCUUCCUUGUGUACAAAAGGCAAUGCAAUUCCUGUUUUACUCCUUAAAAUUAACACAUGAGAAAAAAUGCACCGA